CAAAUAGGAUACUAGGACAGCAUUUAGAGUCCAAACAUCAAAGUGCAAACACAAAAAACAAAAAGGAGCUGAGGAAGUUAUAUUCCUAAAUUGGUAAUGGCUUCUAGAUAUGAAGUAGAGGUAACAUUAUCCAGCGCCAAAGAUCUCAAGAACAUCAACUGGCGUUACGGCCCUAUAAGGCCGUAUGUCAUAGUAUGGAUCAAUCCUGAUCGCAAAGUAACGAGUCGGACUGAUGAUGAGGGGGACACAUCUCCACAGUGGAACCAAACACUGAUGGUUCCCCUCGACCGUCCCAUCGAGGAGGCCACGCUAUGCAUAGACGUCGUCCACCACGCCUCAGCCGAGGAGGACAUCAAACCCUUAAUAGGCUCAACGAAGGUUGAACUCCGCGAUAUUGUAGAUGAUGUGGGCAUUGGGGCCUUAGCCACGCGCAAUCUCAAGCUCAAGCGUCCCUCUGGUAGGCCUCAUGGAAAGCUUGAGCUUGAGAUCACGGUACGCAAUCCCCAAUACCAUAGCUCAAACAUGUACCCCGCUCCACAACCAGUUGAAUACCGUGCGGCUGCCGCACCACAUGAUGCGGCACCCCCGAGUGGAUACCCAUAUAAUUCGGGGUACGGGCAACCUACCUACGAGUAUGGUCAGCCUACGAGGUACGGGUACGAGUACGAGCACGAGCAAGGGCGUCCCGUAGAAGAAAAGAAGAAGAGUGGGUUUGGAGGGAUGGGGACUGGACUGGCUAUAGGUGCUGCCGCAGGGUUAGUGGGUGGUAUAGCUUUAGCUGAAGGGUAUGAUGCGCUAGAGGAUCAUAUUGUGGAUGAGGCUGCUGAACAAGUAGAGGAUGAUCUUGGUGGGGAUGACGAUGACUAUUAAAGUGAUGGUGAUUGGCUUGGUUUAUUAAUUAACUUGUCAUCUUUAUUUCAUCGUUUGCUGCAUGCAUCUGGUCUUUCAUUAGUAUAUUUUUGUUUGUUUAAUCUUAGAUGUUGAAAUGCACUUUAUUGUAAUGUGUAUUGUGAUCUUUACAAAUUUAAAUAAAGUUGACUUUAAAGCA